UCCUUCUAAAAGCAGAGAGAAAGGGGAGAGAAAGCAGCACUUUUUCCCUCCGAGAUCGAAGCAAGAUCUGCCCUCGCCGGCCAGCGACAUUUAAAACCGAAACGGACCCCACCUGGACAAGGCAACCCGCUCCGCUCCCAAAGAGAGCCAGCAACUUUUGCCCAUCUCCCUGUGCCGAAAAGUUGCGAGAAAAAGAAGGAUGGAAGCCCGCACCCUCGCCUGGGUUUUCCUCGCCGCUCUUCUUAGCUGGGAAGCGGCCGGCCAAGAGUGCAGCGCGAAGUGCCAGUGCUCCUCCUUGCCCCCCGAGUGCCCUCCUGGGGUAAGCCUGGUCCUGGAUGGCUGUGGGUGCUGCCGCGUUUGCGCCAAACAGCUGGGCGACCUUUGCACCGAGCGGGAUCCCUGCGAUCCUCACAAAGGGCUCUUCUGCGACUUCGGCUCCCCGGACAACCGCAAGAUCGGAGUAUGCACUGCAAAGGAUGGUGCUCCAUGUAUAUUUGGAGGUAUGGUGUAUCGGAGUGGCGAGUCCUUCCAGAGUAGCUGCAAAUACCAGUGCACCUGUCUGGAUGGAGCUGUAGGCUGCAUGCCCCUCUGCAGCAUGGAUGUUCGUCUGCCCAGUCCUGAUUGCCCAUACCCACGCAGAGUGAAGCUCCCAGGGAAAUGCUGUGAGGAAUGGGUGUGUGAUGAGCCCAAGGACAAAGAACGCACUGCAGUUGGACCUGCUCUUGCCGCUUACAGACUAGAAGAUACCUAUGGACCUGACCCAUCCCUGAUGCGUGCAAAUUGCUUGGUCCAGACCACAGAAUGGAGUGCCUGCUCCAAAACUUGUGGAAUGGGAAUCUCGACCAGAGUCACCAAUGACAAUGCCCACUGCAGGCUGGAGAAGCAAAGCAGACUCUGCAUGGUGAGACCAUGCGAAGCAGAUCUUGAGGAGAGCAUCAAGAAAGGUAAAAAAUGCAUCCGCACACCGAAGAUCUCUAAACCUAUCCAGUAUGAGCUGUCUGGCUGUACCAGUGUAAAGACCUACCGAGCCAAAUUUUGUGGUGUCUGUACUGAUGGGCGUUGUUGCACCCCCCACAGAACAGCCACUCUUCCUGUGGAAUUCAAAUGCCCUGAUGGUGAAGUCAUCAAGAAGAGCAUGAUGUUUAUCAAGACUUGUGCCUGCCACUAUAACUGUCCUGGAGACAAUGAUAUCUUUGAAUCAGUCUACUACCGGAAGAUGUAUGGAGACAUGGCAUAAAGUCCCCAUGAGAGUUUUUUUUUUCUGAACUCAACUUGAACUGAUAAUGACAUCUCAUUUUGUUAAACGUGAUUCUAUAGCACAAGUGAUUUAAAUGUCUGCGUUUUUUAAAAAACAAAUGACAAAAUUGUUCCACCUUGGCCUUAAGGUCAAAUUAUCUACUGACCCCAAACGUUGGUUUGAAGGAAGAAUAAUAGUAAUAAUAAUAAUAGGAAUAUAAUGUUGACAAUGAUUAGUGAGAGGUGACACUUAAUUUGUGUCUCAGAGUAUAUUUGGGGAGAGGGAUGAAUAGAGAUUAAUUAAGGGACAUAGGCAAGUCUUGAGAAACAUUUUCAAAACGUGGUGGCAUGUGUCCUAGUUAAUUGUGCAAUCAAAACAAAAAAGACCCCUUAGCAAAGUUAUUGGCACUGGUUUUUGUGACAGUAACAGCUGGACUGGACAUUUUUAUCCAGCAGGUGCUAAGUAAUUAUGUUAUUUGAAAAUGGCAAUAAUUCUACCUUUGAAACUCUGAUUCAGAGGAUUUGUUCAAAAAGAAUCAGAAUUUGACUGGACAGUUUGUGGCAAUCGUUUGCUUGUCAUGGGCAACAUUUUUUUUUAAAAAAAUAGUGUAAUAGUGUAAAUAGUGUAUAUGUUUAUGUGUAUGUGUUCAUGCGUGUUUGUAUGUAUGUGUGUAUAUAUAUUGUACAGUUAUCUAACUUAAUUUAAAGUUGUGUUUCCUUUUUUGUCAAUGCUUUGAUACAUCAGUGUUAGCCUCUCUUUUUUUAUGAUUCAAAGCAUGUCUGAUCCACUGCAUUCAUUCAGCUCAUAAAAUAGAGUCUGUAAUGGUAGUUUUGUUGAACUAGUAGGGGAAAAAAUUAACUGAACUGGUACUUUGAUGAAGAAGAUGCACCAGUAUCCUAUCCGACCAUUUCACCAAACUAAUGACAAAGGGAGAAAGGUACAUUUCUCUCGGUCUGAAUUAAUAUUCCCUGAAACAAAAUGUGUGCUCUUAAAUCUUUUCACUUGGGAACAGUUUGUUACUUAUUGAGAAAUGUGACCAAAAGUUACAUGUUUGCACCUUUUUAGAAGAAAAAAUAAAGUAUUUUA